CACUAUAAUUGGGCCGGCAAGUAAGUUAGGGUUUUUUUGUUCGUUCGACAUUCGUAUUCUCGGAACCUCUGCUGCGGCCGAUCGACGACGAUGCGGAGACUUCCCCUCCCUCACCUCUCUUCUCUCUUCCGUUCCUCCUCUCUCUCUCAUGGCUCUUCCUUCUCUUCUUCUCGCCUCUCCAUUUCUCCAUUUUUUGGCACUGAUGCUCGUUCUCCCAUGUCCUCUCUCCACUUUUCUCGCGGAUCGGAGAUCUCUGGAUCCGUUCAAAUAGACAGGCAGGAUUCAGGCUGUGUGGACCUUCCACGUGGUGAUUCUGUGAAUGUUGGACGGGAGAUUGUAGGACGUGCUGGGAAAGGAUUGGGAGCUCAAGGGCCUUGUUGGGGUUUGGCGCGUUCGAGUGAAAAUGUCUCUGUUCCUUAUUCUUCUAGCUCUAGAUGUUAUGUACACUACGAUGGCCGGCCGAAUGCUGAUACAGGAAGGAACUUUAAGUCCAUGAACUUCGUCAGGGGAAUUUUAGAGGAAGAUCGAAUGGAUUUUAUGGGUAGUUCUCAGUUUCCUAGACCACCCAAUAUGGAGCACAAUGCUGAUAUUGUCCAUGUAAAGCUGAUGCGUAACAAUACAUUUAUCACUGUUACGGAUAACAAAGGAAACACAAAGCUUAAGGCCUCUUCUGGCCGUCUUGAAGAACUGAAAGGAGGGCCUAAACUGUCCCGUUAUGCUGCCGAAGCAACUGCAGAGUAUGUUGGCCGUGAAUCUAAAAAAUUGGGGUUGAAAUCAGUUGUGAUGAGGGUGAAAGGCUUUACUUACUUUAAGAAGAAAAAACAAGCGAUCUUGAGUUGGAGAGAUGGUUUUACAGAUUCUAAACGUGAUCAAAAUCCAAUUGUUUACAUUGAAGAUACUACAAGACGUGCUCACAACGGUUGCAGACUUCCAAAGCAACGCCGUGUCUAGGUGUAUGGGACUGGAAUCUUGAUGAUGAUGUCUUUUUAUCUUUGUUGGAAAGUUUUCCUGGUUCAAAUGGAUGUAGCUCGCCUUCAAGUUCCUACUUGCCCUUUGCAAUAAUGAUGACAAUUGGAUGUUUUUCUUUUCAUAUACAUCAGUGUAAAAUUUUCCAGGUUUAAAUUGAUGUAGGUUGCCUUCAAGUGUUCACUUACUGCAGUAACGAUGACGACGGGAUGUUUUUAUAUACACCAACAUCAAAUAAGUGUUUUCUUUUUAUUCAAGUUCAACGACACGUGAGAUUGAAAGAUUCGAAACAGCCUCUUGAUAUAUGCCUUAUCUGUUUGGACUUCAUUUGAGAUAUGCAAUAUCAACUUUCUCCUUGCAGUUGUGCACCACAAAAAAUUCUUGUGGCCAGUGUCCAAUCUUUUUAUGUGGCUAUAGUUUCUUUCCUGUUGUGGAUUAUACAUUUCUCUGAUCUUACUUCUAUCUCUUGACUCAUAGCCUGGAAUGCUUGUUUUACCUUUAGCAUGAAAGAUAUUAGUCUCUAAUUGUGACCAGAUUGCGCCUACCUCAUGAAAAGACAAGGGAAAGUAGCUGGUUUGACUACAGGACAGAGAGAGCUAUUACAGUGAUUUGAUCAACAUUUUUGUGUGCUGAAUUUCUUAUGAAAAUUUGCAGGCUUUUUGAUCAUUGAUGGUGGAUUUAUAUUAUGUAUCUGGUCCCUUAGCAUGGAUGAGCCAUGGGCAUAGCAUGGAGUUGUUUGCUAACAGAGAGCUAUCUUUGAACCAGAAAGUGUUAAUGCAUAGCUCGUAGAAGAAGGUGUUCCACAUGGUUCUGAAUAGAAGAAGGAUGGAGCACAAAAUAACAUGUUAUCUACAGGUUCCUUGGUAUUAUGGCUCAUUUCAGGUUACUGCUGCGCCCAUGGUUGCCUACUGAGCCUUUUCUGGCGAUGUGAUGUGCUAUGGAAAUGAAUAAUGCACUUGUCACUCUGUAAUAUUAAAUGGUAAUUUAACC